CCUCAGGAAGUUGACCGCUAGGAUCCGCUCUGACUUUUCCAGUGCCAGAUAGCCUGCCAUGAGGAAAUUUAGAGCGAGGAUGCCCAGCAUGCCAACCUUCCAUAGGAAUGUAAAGUUGGGCCCCCAUUCUUUCCUGAUGUGUGCAGGAAGGAGCUUAUUACUUUUGGGAACAGAAGCCUUUUGUUUAGAAAAAAUUAAAAAUAAUAAAACGCUCUGGGAAAAGGCUCAAACUCAGAAAAUGAGAUACAAGACUUCCUUGGUCAUGAGGAAAAGAUCACGGCUUUACCGGAACUCCCUGAAAGAGUCCAGUAGCAGCUCCGGACACCAUGGCCCCCAGCUUACUGCCGCCUCCAGCCCCUCGGUGUUCCCGGGCCUUCAAGAGCAGCCACCCCAGGCCUCCCCCAGCGGCACUUUGAACGGACUCCUGCAUCUGGGGCUCCCUGGAGACAUGUACGCGCGGCCUGAACCCUUUACGCCGGGACCGGUGGCCCGCAGCGACGCCCUGGCAGCUGCCGCGGCCCUGCACGGCUACGGGGGCAUGAACCUGACCGUGAACCUCACGGCGCCCCACGGUCCUGGCGCCUUUUUCCGAUACAUGCGCCAGCCGAUCAAACAGGAGCUCAUCUGCAAGUGGCUGGCAGCCGAUAGCCCCGCGGCCCCGCGCCUCUGCUCCAAAACUUUCAGCACCAUGCAUGAGCUGGUCACGCACGUCACCGUGGAACACGUCGGCGGCCCGGAGCAGGCCAACCACAUCUGCUUCUGGGAGGAGUGUCCGCGCCAGGGCAAGCCCUUUAAAGCCAAAUACAAACUUGUAAAUCACAUCCGCGUGCACACGGGCGAGAAGCCCUUCCCCUGUCCUUUCCCGGGGUGUGGGAAGGUCUUUGCUAGAUCAGAAAAUCUCAAAAUACACAAAAGAACUCACACAGGGGAGAAGCCGUUCAGGUGCGAGUUCGAGGGCUGCGAGCGGCGCUUCGCCAACAGCAGCGACCGCAAGAAGCACUCGCACGUGCACACGAGCGACAAGCCAUACACGUGCAAAGUGCGCGGCUGCGACAAGUGCUACACGCACCCCAGUUCUCUGCGUAAGCACAUGAAGGUGCACGGGCGCUCGCCGCCGCCGCCUAGCUCUGGCUACGACUCAGCCACGCCGUCUGCCCUGGUGUCGCCCUCCUCGGACUUCGGCCGCGAGCCCCCGGCGGCCUCCUCGGCGGCGGCGGCGGCGGCGGCGCGUGGCGCCGACCUGAGCGAAUGAUGUCCACCGCGUUGCUCGCAAGGUAAUCUCGCCCAACGCAGCUGAGCGCCCGCAUCUAGCGCCUGCGACAUCAAAGGGUCCGCGCACAAAGCAAUGUUUCUUCGCCACGGUGCAUCUUCAUGGUAAGUUAGGAUUUCUAUGGCAAUGGGCAAGUUGCACUGAAAUCCUGAAAGGCCGAGCCUGGAGCCCGUCCAGGCUUUUCAUUAAGGACAUAAUAUUUACGUCUAACAGGCCUUUUUUCUUGUGUAUACAAGUAUAUAUUUUUGUUUGACGCGGACUAAAUCAUUUUCAUUUAAUUUCCGGUAAACAAAACCCACGCGAAUGGGCACUUGUUCCCGAUCAUAAUAAAAAUGGAUAAUAAUGUGAGGGAAGAAAAGGGCCGCUUGAAUCGCCGCUCAGCCCCCUUUGUUUCUGCUUUCUGCGGUGAUCAGAGGGCGCAUUUGGGUUUGAUGGCGAGUUUCUAAAGGCGAGGAAAUGGUUUGUAAGAGGGGAAAGAAAAGGAGAAAGGUCUAAUCAAGCUCGGGUUGUUCAAAGAGUCGGGUUUUGGGGUUGAAAGUGUGAGUUUGACGGUGCAUCAGCAUGCCGCGUUAGGCUCGCCAUGGAAAUACGCGCGGGGAGCGGCCGCUUCAAAGGCGGCACACUUCACUGCAGACACUCUAUUAAGAUACAUUUGCGCUGACCUUUGCUUUCACGCCAUUUAAUACUGUCACUACGUUCUCCAGUAUAUACUUCCUCUUUGGGACCAACCUCGCCCGCCUUUAGGGGUUCACCCUACACUCCUGUAGGGAGGGGGCGUUUUGAUCCCAGGGACGCCUUCAGGAGAGGAGGAGCCGGACUCCGUGCACCUUGACUGCGCCCCUAAAGAAGCGCCAGGGUCAAGAGUAAAUAACUUUAGGGCAACCUCAGAAGCUUAACAAAUGAGCAUUCCCAGCUGGAUUUUGUGCACAACGCCUCUCUGCCACUUGAACAGGGUAGAGGCCUGAAUUUGAAAGGGACUUGCAGAGGGGGCACACUGGAUGAAUCUGAGGAGUUCAGAUGACGCCUUUGGGACAUAUCCACUCUGGUCCCCAGAUCAACCCAUUCUGCCCCCUCUAUCCCAGAGGUCUCUUGCAGGCCCCCAUAUCGUUUCUCCCUAGUGUGGGGCAUAGGAUACCCUCAGGCCUAGGCUGGCCCUGGGCAUGAACUCUAGAGCCCAAGGCCAAGGGGAGAGGGAAGAUGGCAGGAAAGUUAGAAGUCCAUGUUCCCUUAAUUGUCUUGUUGUUUAUUUUAUCCAAGUACCCCAGUGAAUAGGGGAAAAAUAAACACGGUGGAAAAAAAAAAUCAAACAGUAGAGUCUUCUUUAGUGCCAGUCCUUGUGGUUGAAUAAAAAGGAUGGUCCGCUUUCUAUUGAGCUGAGAAAUCUUUGAAGUGGGAGUUAUUAUCUGAGACAUUCCUGCUUGUCGUCCUAACAACGCUGAUGAAACGUAAAAGGUUCUUUGUCAGCGAUUUGUUCUCCUCUCUGUCAAACUCCCUCUGCCCGUUAGUUUCAAACCGUUUCUAAAGAGAUAAAAUCAAACUUCUUAAAAAAAAAAAUACAUGCACACUACAUACACUAACUGAUAACUUUAGGACUAAGUCCUGCUAAGGAAAAAACAAAAGCAACACAGAGACAUCAGGUCCAAGGUCUGUGGAAGUGCACAGAUGUUGAGGGGCCCUUUGCACAGGCUCUGGGACAUGGGGGAAAGAAUGCAGAGAAGGUGGAGGCAGAGGGUACAUACCCCAAGCACAAACUGUGUGUCCCCUUCUCUCUGCACUGGUCUGCACUCAGUCCUAGUCAGAUCACUUGGAUGAACCUCCUUUGGGGACCCCUCAAACUCCCAAUAUCCUUGCCAAGGCUGCUUGGAGCCUAAGGCUACAGGCAAGCAAUUGUUAAUAUUUCUUGCUCCUUCGAAGACAAUCUCUUCUAAAAAUAGACCCAUUGUGUGUUUCUUCCCCCUAGCAGCAAUCAGCAAGCCCUUUUUGCCAUUAUUAGAAAGUAGAGUGGCUUGAAGGAGAGACAUUUUUAUAAUUUCCUGUUUUCUUCAGAAUCUUGGCAAUUGGAGUUCGGGAAAGUUCAGUUUACAAGAUAGUGUCCUCAAAGUGCAUGCAAAUACCCUCUUCCCAUCCACAUAUGCAGUUCUUCAUUUAAUAUUGUGCCCAGGAAAGAAAUUUUCACCCUGUCCAGCUCUCCCCAAACCUCCCGAUGUGGUUUUAAAGGUGGUUUAAAUAAAUAAGGAUGUACUGGCUUACCCACUCCUUAUGUGCUGAAUAAAUGAUUUGUAAAGAAGUUUCCCCAAGCUGUAACCCAUGCUGUUAUUAUAGUUGCUUCAAAAUGUUGUCUCUUAUAUUGAUUUUUAUUUGUUUACUGAAAGUCCCCAUAUGUUUGUUUAUGUUGCUAAUUUAUGGGGAAAUGUAAUGAUUGCAAUGAAUGUGAAUUAUACAGACAGGCAAAUAUGUUUUGUAAUCAUAAAUUCUCUCUCUCUCUCUCUGUCUCUCUCUCUCUCUCACACACACACACACACACACACACACAUACACACACACGAAGCCUGACUGAAACCCUACACUAUUUGGUACAUCUCUACCCACACUGUUUGUGAUUUAUCAUCUCUCCUCUUAGAUCCUUAAAUUAUGAACUAACCUGAAAGAACAAAGUUGUGAUGUAUUUGAUUGAAAGUGAUUGUUGAAUGAAAAACAUAGUUGAAAGCUGCGGCUUAAUCUUGCUGUAAAUAUGUAAAAAUGAAUGAAAAUCUGUGAUUCUCUUCCCCUCCAAAGAGCUCCAUUUUGCUACUUUCUUUGGUAAUAAAUGUUGUGAUGUUUCCCUUCCUCUUUUGAA